UGUUCCGACAGCCCUCAGUCUUUUCCUUCCACUCCACUUCAGAAACACUAACCAGCCCAGCUCUUUCCCACGCCUCCACAUCGCAAGCACCCAGAAAACGUCUUGAAUCAGCAAAGAUUGUAAUACGCGGAAACGAACACUAUAAAACACGGACAGUGGACAUUAUGCACGGCUUAAAACUGGACAGACGAUGCAGGUUUUCAAUCCGAAGGUAAAGCGGAGGGCCUGUGCUUUCCCCCUGGACUAACUGUACUGAAGAGGACCCAAACUUUUCCGUUGCUGCCAACGGACUCGGUUUUGUAAUGUCAAUAAUAUUGCGUCGUUUAUGAGCGAUAUUUUCCCUUUUUCCAGCUGGAGGAUUAUCCCUCAGUGAAUAUACUGAAUCGUUUGCAUUGUGUUGACUCGGUUCUUGAUUGGAUUUCUGUGAAGUAGACUUUGUGCCUCCACACAUCAGGAAUUCACAAGUAGAAACUCAACGUCAGUGAACGCCGCAGGUAGCUAGCUAGCUUGUUAGCUAGUUGUUUCUAGUGCAUUUUCACAGCAUAUUAAAGGUAAAAACAGUACGUUAAUGUUAAAGCUAGGUGUCAUGCUUUCAAUAGCCAACUUUCGCUAGCUACAUAUUUCCUCUAAGGCUCCCAGCCUUUUUGGUUGGUUUUACAAACUACAGCCUUAAAGUCGGUCUAACUAACGUUAGCUGUUCCAGCUAGCGCCCAAACAUGCCGCAGCUAAACGGCGGAGACGGAGAUGAUUUGGGAGCAAACGAUGAACUCAUAGCUUUUAAAGACGAGGGAGAACAGGAGGAGAAGAGGAAUGUGUCUGCUGAACGGGACCUGGACGAUGUCAAGUCCUCCUUGGUCAACGAAUCCGAGACCAACAGCAGCUCAGAUUCAGAGGCAGACAGACGCCCGAAGCCCAAUCUAGAUUUGGAGAGCAGAGCCAGACAGAGUCAACUCUUUCAAGAAGCACUGAGGAGACAACAGGAUGGAGGUCUAUUCCAGCCCUCUCCAUAUGCUGGCUAUUCCUUUUUUAUGAUACCAGACCUUGGGAACCUCUGCAGUCCAUACCUCACCAAUGGAGCUCUCACACCAAGUGCCCGGACGUACCUGCCAUUUCAGUGGCCUCUGCUUGAUGUCCCUGGAAGAUCUGCAAUCAGAGACUCUGCCACUCCUUCACAUCUGUCUAAUAAUGUGCCAGUGGUGCAACAUCCUCACAUGCCUCACCUGCAUCCUCUGCUUUCCUACCCUGAGGCCUUCUCCCCCCAGAGGGCUUCCCCUGGCUUCUCACCUGAAGCCGGUAUUUCGAGGAGCCCUCAUGCUGCCUGCUACCCUGUCUCACCUGGAGGAAUCUCUCAGAUAUCACACCCUCUGGGAUGGCUGCCUGGACAGCCAAUGUACCCCCUUGCAGCUGGGGGCUUCUCACCUGCUGCUCUAGCUAUGAAUGCCUCCAUGUCGAGCCUGGUGUCCAGUAGCUUCCCUCCACGUUUGGUGCCAACACCUCAAUCAUCCAUCCCCCACCCUGCCAUCAUCCCCACUGGGGUGAAACAGGAGCCCGGAGUCAGCAGCCAACCAGGAAAGUCAGUGCCUGAAGUCCAGGAGAAAGAAGACGAGAGGAAGCCUCACAUAAAGAAGCCGCUCAAUGCCUUCAUGUUGUACAUGAGGGAUGAGAGGCCCAAAGUGGUGGCUCAGUGCCAAGUGAAAGAGAGUGCGACCAUCAACCAGAUCCUGGGACAGAGGUGGCAUUCUUUAUCCAAGGAGGAACAAGCCAAAUACUAUGAGCUGGCUCGCAAGGAGAGGCUCCUUCACUCCAAACUCUAUCCUGGUUGGUCAGCUAGAGACAACUACGGUAAAAAGAAGAAGAGGAAGAGAACAAAGAGUGAAACUCAACUAGAAGUUGCUUCAGCAGUAGCUGCAGAGGAUUUCUCGCCACAACUCAAGAGACCCUGUGUGCCACCAAGACCUGAGGAAAUACCUCACACACAGAGCCAUGUGACCCAGCCCCACAGCCGCGCUCAUGUGACACAGCCCCACACCAUCUCUCACCUGACGCACACGCACCUGUCCCAGGCCAGCCCCGCCUCCUCCUUAGAUUCUCCGGCUACACCCACCACAGCGCUGGCCUCGCCCGCCGCCCCAGCACCGACACACACGGAGCACAUACUCUCCUACAGCGGACACACAUCGCCGUACGCCGAACAGCUGCAGCCGCUGUCGCUCACCACCAAGCCCCACAGACCCCACACCAACACCCACCCGCUGACCGGAAAAACGGUCACCCCCGGACCUUCCACACCAUCAUCCACCACUGACACCCCCACCUCCUCCUCCUCCCCCUCAUCCUUUCACCCACCCUCCCCUCUCCACAUGACUUCCUCUAGGAGUACAACCCCGACCCAGCUCUCACAGCCUUUCCUCAUCCCUCCUAAAUCAGCCCCGCCUACCUCCAUUCACCAAUCAACAGUGAGCUCUCACAGUGCCUUAACCCAAUCACAGCCAUUCACACACAGACGAGCCAAUCAACUGUAAGGAAGUGUACUUCCCAUAUGUGAAUACUGAAAUUAAAAAAGUUAUGAAACACAUACAAUUCAGCAAUAUUUGUACCUCUUAAUGCUGUAAAUGAGCUUUCUUUUUAAAACUUUUUUAUAGAGCUAUCACGUUUUAUAUUAUUAGUAUGAAAAGUACAAUUACUGGUCAAUAUUUGACUUUUAACUUUCUUUAAAAAUAUGUUAUAAUGUUCCCAGUCUUGUGCUUUUUCUGUUUCCUGAACAAUCAGUUUUCCUUGUUCUUAAGCAAAAUAUUGUGUGGCACAGGAUUGUUUCAAAUGUUUUUUUCACUGGGUAGUAAUGAGUUUAAAGCAAUGGUAUUUUCCUGUUUUAUAAAGUCCCUCCCUGUUGUGUUAAUAAAUAUUCGCUGAGUUCUCAUAUUU